AUGUCUAAACUACAGUCGUUUAGUGUGUUUUUAGAUGAGCGUUUAACGGCGGCAGCUCUGGAGAUUUUCGGGGCAGUUGAGAAAACAGUAGUGGAGUACCAGGAGGAAAAUGAUCGGCUACGAAGAAUGCUGCGGAUCACGCCAGAGAUAAAACUAUGUAUAGGUUCGUAUGUAGGUCUACUAGCUAGCUAUAAUUCUGCUCAAUUAAUACACUGUUUAGGCUAACGGUGAUCAUUAUUUCAUUUACUUUUUUUAAAAACAGUUAUCUACUAACUUUCACCGUGAAUGGAUUAAAAAGUAGUCUGACACGAAAAGCUGUUUGAAAUAGCAUAACAUUACAUUUGUCUGCAAUCAGUUAUGACUAAAGGCUGUAUUAGAUCUUGCUGAGUAACGUUACCUCAACUCCUCCACAGAGUCGCUAUUUGCGUCGGUACUUCAACAAUUUACAUUCUUAAACCCUUACCAUGUUCCGAUGUUUGUCCUCUGUUGCUGCGUGCUUUUCUUUGAUUGCUGAAAUCCAUAAUUUUUUUUAUAAAACGUUAAUCAAAUAGAACCACCGACUGUUUCCUUGUGGAUUGUAUUGGCACGAGCAUUCGCUCUGAGUUGCCUUAGAGCAACCGCAAUGAGGAAAGAGUCGGUGGUUGUAUUUAACUACAUUUUAUUAAAAAGUAUGCAUUUCAGCAAACAAAGAAAGUACCACAACAACAGAGUACAAACAUAGGUACACGGUAAGGGUUUAAGAUACUUUUUUGAAGUGUCGACGCAUGGGGAGACAGAGGUUAAUUAAAAAAACUCAACUCUGCUCUCAACUCAAUGGAGUUGAGGUACUCGGCAAUAUUAGAUCAUAGCUUCAGAUUUGCAACUGUCGAUAUGCAAUAAUGUAAUCUGUAUUUGCAUACCCUGUUGUAACUUGGGUCCAUUCAAAGCGUGGCACAUUUUCAACCAACCUUUACUUGCCGAUACUACUUUAAUGAUUCACUGGAAGGCACUGCAGUGUCUUAUUAUUGAGGGGGAUUCGAUUAAGCUAUGGACCUUCACGUGACUAGGCGAAGCCGGUGAGGGAGGCGCACCCUGCUCAAAUCAAACAGUAGCCUAAUCUGCGCUGCUCGGUCAUAUUGUCAACAAUGCAGCAUGAUUAAUAAAUGUAAAACUCGUUUUCAUUGGGAAGGCAGGUAAAGCGUUUUUAUCAAAAAUAAAUCACUUUAGCAUGUGAAAACACAGAAUCCUACUCAUUAAGCAGAGAGUCCAAAAGAUGUUCGCGUCCACACAGCAGUGUUCUAGAAUAUGGAUCUGUUGGCUCGAAUUCUCAGCGCAGCUCAAGCAAUUUCUCCAACUGUCACCACAUUAAUAAAAUGAAUAGGAGCCGUGUAAGGGGAGUCGUGUUGGUUGGGGCACAGUGGUGACAGAGCAGGACAUAUGUCACAAUGGAGUACUAUCGCGGCUCUACGGCUUUGGACUCUGAAUUGCGCUUUACUCCACGUGCUCCCAUGUCACUGUUCUUUUGAGCCGACUUCGCCUUAGGCCAAACGGAAUGCAGUCACUUUAUAUAGAUAACCUCUGUUCCUCCUCUCCUACCCUCCAGACUCCCUCCAGUCCUCUCUUGCUGUCUCUGAAGAGGAGGUUCCCCCUGAGCAGCAGCACUGUGAGCAGGAGUGGAGCUCCAGUCUGGGGCAGGAGGCACCCAGAGCCCACACAGAUUAAAGAGGAACAGGAGGAACUCAGGACCAGUCAGAAGGAAGAGCAGCUUCGGCUCUUUGAUACCAAAGACUCCAUAUUCACGCCUUCCUGUGUGAAAAGUGAAUGUGAUCAGGAGGGCCCAAGUCAAGAAGCCAUACUAGCUGAAUACCCAACUCUCAGUCUACUGAAAAUGUCUAAACUACAGUCAUUUAGUGUGUUUUUAAAUGAGCGUUUAAUGGCGUCUGCUGCUGUGGAGAUUUUUGGGGCAGUUGAGAAAACGGUAGAGAAGUACCAGGAGGAGAAUGAUCGCCUACGGAGACUGCUGCGGCUCACCCCAGAGAUAAAAUUAUGUAGAAUA